AAACGAGAGGGAGAGAGGAGUUGCAUCACUUUGACGAGCAUGUUGUUGGAUGAGAGAUCACCAUCUCAGUGUCCCUUCGGAUGCAAUCCAGCAUCGUUUGUCAAGAAGGACGUCUAUAGCGGUGUAUCUUCAUUGAGUUUGAGAGCAGCAGUCGUAGCAGUCUAAGAAAUAGAUAUAUAAAGUAAAUGUUGAGGACGAAGAGUGACAGACUUGAAAAUGUAAAAGUUUGAGUUUCCAAUUCCCACUUCCCGUCUUCUAUUCACCCUCAGGUUUUCGGUCCCUGCUUUGCGGUAUAUCUGUAUCCGCUUCUGUUUUAGGAUUUUCGGACCCUCAUCUCUGAUAGGUAUCAAAAUCAAGAAUACCAACAUCACGUUUUUGCUUCAUCAUCUUUUUGCUUUGAUUCAAGCUUUUUGCUUUUCGUGACAUUUUUAAAAAGUAGUAGUUUCGCAGAGCAGUGAGCGCACGCACCAGGAGACGAGAACUCUUGAUGUAUUAAGAUCUGGAGCUACUUUGUGCAGCAUCGACCACUUAUACAUAGAUACUAACUUCCUUGGAAGGUUUAGGUUAUUUUUUCUAUUCAUUGCAUUGCUUCGUCCUUCUAGAUUCGAGUCCUGGUCUCAACGUUCAGCCUCAAUUAUAGCGAGGAAAAAUGGCGCGUGGCCGAGGCAAAAAGAUGGUUGAGGCCAUCGCUGGUCAGGUAGUCCCAUCUACUUCUACCGCAUCCUCCGCGGGACCACCUUCAAGCGGAGUAGCCUCUGUUCCUGCCAGUGGUGCAAGUGCUCCUGCCAGUGGAGCCAAAAAUGUUGCCGCGCCAUCGAGUUCUUCUUCUGCGACUACGAAAAAUCAAAAUCAUUACGAUUUGAUCGUGAUCGGCGCAGGUUCUGGCGGCUUAGCAGCAGCGAAGCGAGCGGCGCAGAAGUUCAACAAGCGAGUGAUGAUUGUGGAGAAUGCCUAUAUUGGAGGAACGUGUGUCACGGUGGGGUGUGUUCCGAAGAAGAUGCUGCACACAGCGGCCGAAUUCAAACACAAAUGUCUACAAGCAGAAAGGAUGGGAUGGUAGAAUUUUUGGGAAACCGAAUUUUUGAAUAUCUUCAUUCGGAUUUUUUGGAAACCACUGCCCGUUGCAUGGUAGAUUGAUGAUCGGAAGGGCUAUUUGCAUUUUGUAAGUAGUUGUACGUCUUUCUGUCGUGGGACGAGCAACAUCUCCUAGUACACGUACACCUGCUUGUAGGUUGUUGACGUGAUAGAUCCGCAAGAAAACAAGCGUCGAAGGACUUGGACUAUGUUGUUUGAUUACCACCAGGAUCACUACCUCAGCCAGUGCCAGAAUCACAAACUUUUUAACCACGACAACUACAGGUGUGGCGCCACGAAUGAGAGCCUGCACAGCAGUGUGCAUAUGAAGUUCUCGGAGACGAUGAAGAAUGUCCGUGCUUACGUCGCGCGCCUCAACGGCAUCCACAAGACGAAUUUGGAUAAAGCUGGAGUUGAGGUGGUCCGCGGAACAGCUUUUUUCACGGGACCAAACGACAUUUCGGUGAAAACCUGGCAUGGUCAAAGCGAUCUGGAUGGAGAUGGAGGGAACAAUGGAAAAAAGAAUUAAGGGUAGGUUAAAGGUGCUUUUCUUACUGCUUUUCGUGAUCGUGCCUCUCCUAAGGGAGAAAGGCACAAAAAGCGGGGUAAGCGAGCACCAAAAACCUACCUCUAAAAGAAGGGUCAGAACCAGAACAAAGACUCGAAAGUUGAGACGGAGGCAGUGGAUGCGUGGACUCCUUUAAGCCACGACUCUCGCGCUGUCUACGCCGUCAUGAACCACGGACCGCAAUUGCCUCUCCACGUCGGCAACUACACUGCAGAACGCAUCAUUGUGGCAACCGGCAGCAGUGCUUCCCGCAUGCCCCAGCCAGGAUCGGACUUGUGCUCUACGAGCUUGGAAUUUUUCGCAGAUUGGGAACGGUUGCCUAAAACAUGUUGCAUUUUCGGCGGUGGCUACAUUGCAGUCGAGUUGGCGGGCAUUUUGAACGCGUUUGGAUGCGAAGUGGAUAUUGUCAUUCGACGAGACGUGGUGUUGCGAGGGUUUGAUGACGAGCUGCGCAGUCACUUGCAAGGAGAAUUGAUCAAGCGUGGAGUGAACAUCAAGAUCAACACGGAACCUGAAAAAUUCGAAGAAUUGAAACAGCAGACGCCCUUUAGCACGGACGAUGGAAAGAAAUUCGAGAGGAAGCAGUUCACCGGUAUCUAGUGCAAUUUUUGAUCUUCGUGUGCGGUAUAACAUUCUUUCAGGCAUCAAGCUGAUUCAGAAUGAUUCGUGCUGUUCAACCAGUAGAGCUUAAUAUUUACCAAUAACCUUCGCGUACUCAUCUCAUGAUCUCAAACAACAUCAUCAUCUUUUCAUCGUGAUGUGAACCCCUUCAUAUUUUUGAACGCAUUCACUUCACACUCAGCCAAGAGUGGCAGAGCCAAGGGUCAGAUUCGCGUCACCUUCAAGGACAAGACCGAAAAAGUGUACGACGCAGUGCUUCAGGCAGUAGGACGAAAGGCAAACACUAGUGGUUUGGGCUGCGAAGCUGGCAGCAUUGCCUUGAGUCCGGAGGGCGCGGUCUCGAUUCACACCUACGCAGAUGUGCAUAAUAGCAUGGUGAAUAAGCCGCAGCCAUCUGCUGACGGAACGGAACCGGUCAGCACCACUGCCAACGAUGGCAAAGAUGGCAAAGGUAAAGGAAGAAAGGGCAAGGGAAAAGGCAAGAAAGGGAAGGGAAAAGGUAAAAAUGCUGAGGGAACUGAGUCCUCUGCUGCCGUUCCCGGAGCGGAAUCCUCCCAACAGCAGAUCACUCUGUACCAGAGUAAGUCCAAUCCUUCAGUCUUUGCACUUGGUGAUGUGAAUGACUUGAUUCAGCUCACCCCUGUUGCCAUCGCACAAGGACGACAACUAAUUGACAUGUUGUACGGCAAGGGCGAUUUUGCGAUUACGGAACGCUCUUUCCAGAUGUACAGUAGUGCGAUCUUUGCCUUGCCAGAAUGCGGCGUCUGCGGGCUAACGGAAGAGCAAGCGAUUACGCAAUUUGGGAAGAAAAAUGUAGUCAUCAAGAAGCCAGUCUUUCCGCCGUUGCAGCAGUGGGCGUUGAAGCCAGAAGAAAAAGAAGUCGCUUUUCUUAUGAAAGAAAUUGAAAUUAUCAAAGAAACGAGGCGUUUGCACAGGGCUCCGGCCUGCCUUUGAAGGUGAGACCUAUGGGGCUGACAGGACGACGAUAGCGCCGGCGCUUAGUUAGUUUUAGCAGUUAGCAGGAUACUUUGGGAUACUUGUUGAUAGUUCCCCUUUUCUCUUUUAUAUCUUCCUCUGUCUCUCUGGUCUGUCUUUUUUCUAGUUAGGUCGGCUCCACCACAAUUAUCAAAGAAACGAGGUUUUACAAGUAGAUGGCGUUCAUCUUGUUCAAAGCGACACUCUACUCUAUACCUCACCAGCGCAUCUCCCUAGUCCUUGUCUUUCUCUUUCUCUGUUUCCUCCCUCUAAUAGUGUCAAGCUGGUUUUCAAGAAGUCCAGGCGCAGUCCGGGAAACGCAGACGCGAUGCAGCUGGUCGGAGCUCACAUCUGUACGGAGGCAGCUGCAGAAAUCGUCCAAUCUCUCGGAAUUGCGAUGCAAAAGGGCAUAACAAAGCGCGAUUUGGACCUCACGAUGGCUCUGCAUCCCAGUGUGAUGGAAGAAAUCGUCACGCUGUACUGAGAAAGAGAAGCCAGCAGUUCUUGGAGGGGGAAGGCCUACAAUCAGCUCGGACGAGGUUCUUGUAACUACAAAGCACGCAAAGAAGGAAACACUAUGACGUCGACGUGAUCGAAGGACAUGGAUUUGAACGUUGUACACCUACACUCGCUCUCGCUUAGUACCUAAAAAUAGUAUGGUUCAGCUUCAGGUUCAGCGCGAGAGACCAAUUUUUACUAACUUGUAAGUAGAAAAACACACGACACACACACAUCACUACAAUCGUGAGGACACCGUUCGCUACAGUGGAUGGUCCUUUACCAUAGAAACACAGAUCCGCAAUGAAAAUGUAAAUGAACCGGAACCGCGAAAAAACAUCACGAAAACAAAGGAAAAACGCAAACAAAGACUGACCGUCGAGAUGUAUGUCCCUCAGACACGCCAAAUGGGCGGGUAAU